AUAUAAAACCUAACAGAUCAACUAAAACUAUUGGUUUACUCCUAAAAACACACAGUUUUCAAGUUUAUCAAAAUGUCCAAAAUUGUUUUUAUUUUAGGUGUCGUAAGUUGUCUUGUAGGACAUAUUCAAAGUGAGGAUGUGGUCGCAUGUCAAAAUACGGCGAAACCAGGAUACAUGCAGAAUGACGAAAAACUCUCAAUGGAUUAUAAUCAACCGAUACAUGUACGCUACCCUACCACUGGAUUCUAUACAUCACAGAUUACAUGUAUACUGAUAAAGGAUCUUUACAAAGGUACUAGUAUACCAGUAGUUACUCCAGGAAUUGGGUUUAACUAUGUGCACGUUGAUAUUGCUUCUGGUUUAUUCACAAAACUAUACUACGAAAUUAAAGUUUACACUCAAAUAGAGUAACCUACCUCCGUUUAAGUUAAAAUUAUACACACGGUGUUUGGUAAAGAUUGGGCCAUAGCUUAACCUCAGAUUUCUGAACAAUAGGUCGAUUUAAGCUAACUUUUAUUUAUUUAUUCUUGAAUAUUUCCUAACAGUCAUGGGAUAACAGCAUGAAAUUUUGUUGGCGGGAUUUUUUGGGAUGAGAAAUCUAAAUUCUACCACCAAAAAUAAUGUAUUACCCAGAGGGCGCCACACACGCUUUUCAGCGCGCUCAUUUAAUACGUUCAAUGUUUUUUACCCAUUCUAAAUACGUGUAUAUUAAAACUUUUAUUCUCUUAAUAUUUUUACUUAAAAAAAUAUACUACAAUUAUCCCGCUACACUCAACCGUUUAACCGUUUAACGCAGUUUAACCUGUAAUGUAACACAAUUUUAACAUAAUAUCAUUGUAGUUACACCCGAAAAAUAAAAUUAAACCAUAAUAAUUUCCAAAAAUGUAUCGCAAAUUCCUUUAAAUGGUAUUUGCGAUGCAAUGACAUAAAUAUAAGAAUUUGCACAAUUAUUAUUAGGGUUUCAAGUUUAUUUUUCGGGUGUAACAACAAUGAUAUAAUGCAAAAAAUUAUGUUGCGCCGCAGAAUUAAAAUGCGUUUAUCUCGAAAAGAGUUGAGUUUAGCAAGAUAACUGUAGUAUACCUUUUUUAAGUAAAAAUAUUAACAGAAUAAAAGUUUUAAUUCAAACAGUAAUGUAGAGUGGGGAUAAAAAAAAUGCAAGUAAUAAAUGAGUGCUGAAAGACGUAUGUGGCGCACUCUGGGUAAUACAUCAUUUUUGGUGACCAAUUUAGAUUUCUCGUCCCAAAUAUCCCCCAUUUAUCAAAUUUCGUGUUAUUAUCCCAUGUCUGUCAGGAAAUAUUCAAGAAUAAAUAAAAUAACUUUGUUUAACUUUGACACCCUGUGUUUUGGUUAUUAUCAACUUUCGUAUUAAGGUAAGUUAGCUUAAAUCGGCCUAUUUUAAGAUCAGGAAUCUAAGGUUAAGCUAUGGCCCAUUCUUUACCAAACACCCUGUAUACCUUAAAAUUAUAUAUUUUACAACAAUACGGCAUAUUUAUUUUAUUUACUCACUUUGAUAUUUGUCGACAUUACACAAAAAAAUAACA